CACCGAACCGGAAGGAAACGUGUGUCUUGAGCUGCAGCGUUUUAGUUGUUUGGGUUCGAGCUACAGCCGAUUCUGUCCAAAACAAACGGACAAACAGAAUAAAUUCGGUGCGGGGCAAGUCUCCAGUGGACUAAAGACGCUGUUCUCCGUUUCCCGUUGGUCUGUGCAGCUGUAGUUCGUCAAAAUGAACGUGACUCUCGCCGUGAAACAGUACGUGUCGAAGAUGAUCGAGAACAGCGGACCCGGGAUGAAGGUCCUGCUGAUGGACCGGGAGACGACGAGUAUAGUGAGUGUGGUUUAUACCCAGUCUGAGAUCCUGCAGAAGGAGGUUUACUUGUUUGAACGAAUCGACUCCCAGAACAGAGACAGCAUGAAACACCUGAAGGCCAUCUGUUACCUGAGACCCACCAAGGAGAAUGUUGAACAUCUGAUCCAGGAGCUGAGGAGACCAAAGUACAGCGUCUACUUUAUCUAUUUCAGUAAUGUGAUCAGUAAGAGUGAAAUCAAAGCUCUGGCAGAGGCUGAUGAACAGGAAGUGGUGGCAGAGGUCCAGGAGUUUUAUGGAGAUUUCAUCGCUGCGAAUCCGCACCUGUUCUCUCUGAACCUGCAGGGAAUCUCCAGGGGGCGGAGCUGGGAGCCGUCAAUGUUGUCUCGUUGUACUCAAGGUUUGACAUCAGUCCUUCUCGCUCUGAAGAAAUGUCCGAUGAUCCGCUACCAGCUGUCCUCUGACAUGUCCAAACGGCUGGCUGAGAGCGUCAAGCAAAUCAUCACCAAAGAGUACGAGCUGUUUGACUUCAGGAAGACGGAGGUUCCUCCUCUGCUGCUGAUCCUCGACCGCAGCGAUGACGCCAUCACACCUCUGCUCAACCAGUGGACAUACCAGGCGAUGGUCCACGAGCUGCUGGGCCUCAACAACAACCGUAUCGACCUGUCCAGAGUCCCAGGAAUCAGCAAAGACCUGAGAGAGGUGGUCCUGUCAGCAGAGAACGACGAAUUCUACGCCAAUAACCUGUACCUGAACUUUGGUGAAAUCGGCACAAACAUAAAGAACCUGAUGGAGGAUUUCCAGAAGAAGAAACCGAAAGAACAACAGAAACUAGAAUCAAUAUCAGACAUGAAGGCCUUUGUAGAUAACUACCCUCAGUUCAAGAAGAUGUCGGGCACCGUGUCUAAGCAUGUGACCGUGGUGGGUGAACUGUCCCGUCUGGUGUCAGAGCGUCAGCUGAUGGAGGUGUCAGAGGUCGAACAGGACCUAGCCUGUCAGAACGACCACUCCAACGCCCAGCAGAACGUGCGUCGGCUGCUGCAGAACCCUCGUCUCAGUGAACUGGACGCCGUCCGCCUCGUUAUGCUCUACGCUCUGAGGUAUGAGCGCCACAGCAGCAGCAUCCUGCCGUCUCUGAUGGAUGAGCUGAGCCGCCGAGGAGUAUCUGAACGCCACCGCAGAAUGGUUCAGGCUGUGGUCGAGUACGGAGGGAAGAGAGUCAGAGGAAGUGACCUCAUCACACCGACGGAUGCAGUUGCAAUCACAAAGCAGUUCCUCAAAGGCCUCAAGGGAGUGGAGAAUGUGUACACUCAGCAUCAACCUCUGCUUCACGACACUCUGGAUCAGCUGAUCAAAGGCCGACUGAAGGACAGUCAAUUCCCGUAUCUGGGAGCCAGCACCCUGAGAGACAGGCCUCAGGACAUCAUUGUAUUUAUAAUCGGUGGAGCCACAUAUGAAGAAGCUCUGACUGUUUACAACCUGAACCGCAGCACACCUGGAGUCCGCAUCGUCCUGGGAGGAAGCACCAUCCACAACACCAAGAGUUUUCUGGAGGAAGUGAUGGCAGCAACAGGUCACAGCAGCGACAGGACACAAGGAGGCGGGCGCCAUGGCAACAGACGCUGAACAGGAAGACUUCUGACCCACAACAAUGUUGACAUUCCGUCUGUGUGUGUGUGUUUGUUUUUGAUUAAAGGAGCAGUCUAACAUUUCCAUCUCCUGUUCAGUCCAGGUUAGCUUAGCUGAGCACAAAGGCUGGAAGCGAAGGGAAACUGUUAGCUGAGCCCUAUCACAAGAAAUGUCUUUAACCUGUUGAUGCUUCAUGUUUAUGUGAGAUAAAGUGUAAUAUUAAGACUGGUGCCUGAAAUAUUUUAUUUCAAAAUGACUGUAAAAAAAAAAAUUUAAUAAAAUACAAAUGUAAGAGAUGUGGUUCAUGUCAUUAAAAGCUAAGGUGCAGGGCCUAUA